AUGUCAACCGAUAUUAUUGAUGAACCUCUAUCGACAUCUUACGAUUUUUGUGAUGCAAAAAAUGCUAUUAUAGUUACACUUUAUGCUAAUGGAGCAUUUGAAGUAAAAGACAUUGAUAUUUCUAUUGAGACAGAUUCACUUGAAGUUCGUACACCAGCAAAUGAAACAUGGAUAUUUCAAUUAUGGGAACAUAUUUAUGCUGAUAGUAGUGAAAUUGAAACAACAAUAAAUUCAGCAGGAACACAAACAUCAAUUGAAAUACGUUUAACAAAACAACAACCACGUAAAACAUGGCCACAAUUAUAUAGUUAUGGUUCAAUACCUAUAACACCACAACGUAAUAAUCAAUUAAAUGAAUAUAAUGAUAUUAAUAUGAUUGAUCAACAACAAUAUGAUUUAUCAAUAAAAAAAUUAAAAACUGAUUUUUUUGAAACAAAAGAAACAUUUACAUCAAAUAUUUAUAUUAAACAAGUACAUGAUUGUCAUAUAAAUUUUACAGAAACAAAUUUUACAGCUAUUUUUCAUACGAAUGAUGAGAAUUUUCUUAAAACUCAUGCAAUAACAUAUGAUAGAGCAAUUAGAUUAUUUGUUCGUGUUAAAGAACGUAUUAUACCUGAAAAAUGUUCAUCAAGAAUAACACCAACAGUUAUUGAAAUAAAACUUGUUAAAGAUAAUCCAAAUAAUACGAAAUGGGGUCGACUUGAACCAAAUGAAUAUUCGGAAUUUCGUCCACUUAUACAACAAACAUCAUCACCAACAACACCACCAUCAUCACCUAAUUCUACACAAUCUAUAAAUAUUAAUUCAAAUAAAGGUGUUUUUUGUUCAAUAUUAACACCAUUAGUUGGCCUUCAAGUACUUGCACUUGAACGUAAUUAUGAAUUAACAAUUGGUGCUAAUAUUGGUACAACCAUAACAGCACUUCUUGCUUCUCUUACUCAAACUGGUCUAUUUUUUCGUCAAUCAAUUCAAAUAGGAUUAACACAUUUUUUAUUUAAUCUAUCGGGUUGUAUACUUUGGUAUAUACUUCCAUAUUUUCGUCGUAUUCCAAUUUAUUUAAGUCGUCAAAUUGGUCAAAUUGUAUCUGAAUAUCGUUGGUUUGCUUUAGUUUAUAUAACUAUAAUAUUUUUUCUUUUCCCAUUAAUUCUUUUAAUUCUUGCUUUAAUACAUUGGAUUGUUGCAAGUAUAUUUCUUCUAUGUAUUUUUCUUCUUAUUAUUUUAAUUUUAAUUAUUAAAUAUUUUCAAAAAACAAAUCCAAAUAAAUUACCAACUAUACUACAGUCAUGGUCUUUUCUUCCACGUUCAUUUCGUUCGUUUUCAUAUUGGGAUCAUCGUUUAGAAACUUCUAUUAAAUAUAUUUGUUGUCAACGAUGUAUUAAUUUAAUUUAUCCAUCAAAUACAAUCGAAAAACCAUUAAAAGAACAAUAUUUAUCAAUGAAAACUCAAUAUUUAACAGCACUUGAUCAUCGUUUUUUGAUUCAUACACAACAAUUAAAUCAAUUAUUUGAAAAAUAUCAUGCACCAAUUAUUCCUAUUUAUGAAUCACGAUAUCCAAUUACAAACUAUGUAAAAGAUUUCUAUCAUAGUUUAACUGGUAAACCAACACAAGGUGAAAAAGCAUUAUUAACUCUUAUACAAACAAAUUUAUUGUCCAAAGAAACAAAUAUUCAUGAACAUGAAGAAGAAUUAAUCGAUCGAAUUAUUGUUUUUGAUCGAGAUAACAAAAAAGAAAUAUCUGUAAAUGAAUACAAAAGUUCUUUGUCUUUUUAA